GAUCAACUUCCAACAGAAAUUGUUUCCUUAUUCACUGAAUAGCCAACAAAUUUUACAUCUGGAGCCUUCCACGAUGACUUCAUCUGACAUCUCGAUCAUCUCGAAACAAAUGGAUUCAAUGUCGAUGACUGACCAUGUUCGUGUUGUUCGUCACAACAAGAGAUUACCACAGUCUAGAUAUUCCCCAUACACUUUAAGAACUAAGUUGAAGGAGAAGGAGAAGCAGGAAGAGGAGGCUAUACGAAUCGGAGUUAAGCUCUCUCUCUUUGUGGCUGAAGCAAUGUUCUUAUUAUCUGAUGACAUACGUUCUAUGUUAGUCUUCUGUUUUUGGCUAUUCAAGUAUGCUGGAAAAAGAAAAUUUGACGGUCCCGUCCUAGGAAGAGUGUUUCAUGUUAUACAAUAUGUGUUUGUGACAUACAUCAAACCAAAGAAUGGAGUCUAUCAAGAUGGUGGCAAAUCAAUUCAAUGGGAACAGUUCAAAACGUCUUCCUACUAUUUUUCUUUAGGAAUCAGAGUUUUGACUCGCAUUGUUUCGGUUCUUGAAGCUGGUGCCUUCGUGAAACCGUCUGGUUUAAAACACUACAACCAAGAGCUUAAGAAGCUAGAGGAAAAUCUGAGGUCUUUCAAGGAUGUUUCAGAGGCGAAUGGGUUUGCAAGAGAAGCUAUACAGUCUAAUCUUCUGUUAUUCAACUUGGUAUUUUAA